AUGCCUAUCCGAUCUCAGUCGCGCAUUACAACCGCCUGCAACUCUUGUCGCCUGCGUAAACAAAAGUGUAGUGGAAACAGGCCAAAGUGCAUACAGUGUCUCGAUCAUGGGAGAAACUGCGAUUGGCCCGAGCAGCUGAAGCGAGGACCCGCAAAAGGCUACAUCGAAGCCCUCGAGCGCCGCCUCCAUGAAACCGAGAAUAUCCUCUUAGGGCUUCUGGAGCAGGUUUCUGAUUCCCAGCUCGCAGGCAUCCCACAUCCCACGGCGCAGCUCCGGUCGGGGAAACGGGGCACCGAGUACUGGGGCUUAUUUCCGCUACGAUCUGUGCAAGAGAUCCGGUCGUGGCAGGAGGACUGCCAGCGAUCAGCUCCAGAGCAUGGUUCUACUUCUACUUCCACGCCUAAUCUUGAUCAACCGGAGUUCAUUACUCCUGCUGCUGUAGAUGCACCUGUGACGCAGGAACAGUCGCAAGGGCUGCAGGCGCAGGAGAGCCCGGAACCGCAACCGAGCGUGAGUGCGUGGAGUGGAGCUCCCUCGGCCAACUUCCAGCAACGGUUUCUGUGGUAG